AUGCAACAUAGUCUCGAAUACAAAAAGGAAUUGCCGUCUCAGCUUGUGCGUGCUGCGUUUCCUGAGGAUUUGUCACGUUGUUCUUGUCGCGGUCCCGGAAGAGGUGGGGCGGAGGUGAGAAAUGCUGCUUUCUUUUUUGUUUUGCCAUUUUUCUUCAUGUUGGCGUUGCAGUAUAGUAUGACUGCCAACAGUGACACUGCGGAUGUCACUGGGCUUCGACUGGAUAGUGUGAUCUCCAAUUUUGAGGGCGUAAAGAGCAUUACUGGCCUGCCCAAGGGAGCGUUCAUUGCCACUUUGGUGCGUUUCAUGCAGGAGACCCUAGAACCGCGCCUCACAGAGGAGGGAGAGGUCCGGCGUCACCUAGGCGAAGUGGAGCAGCAGCGUCAGCGAGUACACCGAUUGCUGGAGGACGUGAGUCUGGCGGGUGAACUAAUGUCUCUUAACGUUGGAGGGAGGGGCUUUACGGUACUUCGCCGGACCCUCGGUACUGUGCCUGAAAGUAUGCUUGCAUUGUUGGCGAGCGAAUGGCUGAAGAUUGAGUGUGAUGCCUCUGGGGCUAUCUUCCUGGAUCGAUCUCCAGAUUUGUUUGGAGAAAUUUUGCCCUAUUUGCGUUUGAGGGCGGACUAUCGAAGAUCAGGUAAAAAACCAUUAGAGGGGCACGAUGAAAAUGUAAAUGAAGUAGAUGAGGAGGCCAUUAUGACACAAUUGACGGAAACGAAUUGGCGUCAUAUGUCUUCCAGGGAAUUGUACUUGCUGGCUACUGAGGCAAACUAUUAUAACCUGAAAAGCCUUGAGUUGUACCUCAGGCGGUACACUCAGCAGCGAUGGAUUGAGUACGGUAGAUUUGUGGUUUCCCAGGAGGAUGCGACGCACGACAGCCAUGCGGAUGAACCGCACUUCACAGGGGUGACUUCCUCAGGAGACGCAGUGUUGUGCCUCUCGUAUGACGAAGAAAGUAGUGUAUGCGCAGCUGGGCGAAAAAGUGGUGUGGUGGCAGUAUAUUUUUUGCCGUCGCUGGUUCGGCUUGUGACGCUUAGUAGACAUGCAAGCUGUGUUACAGCUGUGCUUGUUACACCGAAACAUAUUUUUUCAGCUGGACACGAUGGUUUUAUCACGGUGGGCCACAGCCAGGAAGGUUCCUUUGCUCUUAUCUGCAACGUAUGCGCGCAUGAAGGCGUUAUCUACGAUCUGCUACUACUACCGGACCGACUUACACUUAUUUCUUCUGGUGAGGACGGCGCGAUAAAUGUUUGGAAACUGACCCACGGCUACCAAACAGUCCUGGAAGAGAGUGUUGCUACUCUAUCUUCCGUACGCUGCCUUGCCGCAUACCGUCAUCACAUUUUUGCCUCCUGCCGGGAGCAGAUUUUGGUAUUUGAUUUGGAUAAAGGUGAUUUGCUCCCGCAACGUGGGAAAUUUCAUACUGCACCUAUACGUUGUCUGGCGAUGAAUGAGUACAAGGGAAUUCUGGCGUCUGGUGGGUGGGAUGGCAUGAUAUAUAUUUGGGGGGCAAAAGAAAUAGUGUCGUUGAGUUGCAAGGAACCGCAAGGGCUGGAGGAUGAAUGUUUUGUGCCGCUUUACGCAGUGACGCAGUGUGAUAGUUGGGUGACGCAUAUAUUGUUUGUGGGAAGCCUAUUGGCUGCUUCGUGUGGUUCAGUUAUCAACUUUUUUGCCUGUGACCUGGCAUCACGGAUUGUUCGUUGCGUGAGGACGGAUGGAGCUGCGAAGGCAAAUAGGGGGCGUAGGAACGAGUUUGUUCGCGUCUUCCUGGCAGCGGAGCAUGUGAAUUGCCUGUUAAUAGGUGGCCUUGACGGUACCCUUAUCGCCCUUCAGAAUUGUUUGUUUGCGGGGACAGGAAGAGAGGUUGAGGCGAAGUCAUGUCAGUGUGGGCGUGGCGAGGAGCUGGCGCCGCCUGCAUGA